AUGACGGGUUCCAAGGCUUACCUUACCUAUGCCAGAAGCGUGCAGGUGGGCACACAGAGUGGCAUAGACGAGUGUAAACAUCAGUUUACGUGGGAUAGGUGGAACUGCCCAGACAGCGCUGUCCAGCUCAGGGGACUAAGACGUGCAACCAGAGAAACAUCUUUUGUCCAUGCCAUCAGUGCAGCAGGAGUCAUGUACACCCUGACCAGGAACUGCAGUCUGGGAGACCUCGACAACUGUGGCUGUGAUGUCUCAAGAAACGGCAAAAUUGGUGGACAAGGCUGGCUGUGGGGUGGCUGCAGUGACAACGUGGACUUCGGGGAGAGGAUUUCUAAACAGUAUGUGGAUGCACAAGAGACUGGUCAGGACUCCAGAGCUGCCGUCAACCUGCAUAACAAUGAAGCUGGACGUCAAGCGGUGAAGGCCACCAUGAAGCGCAUCUGCAGAUGUCACGGCAUGUCUGAGAGUUGCAGCGUCCAAACCUGCUGGACACAGCUGUCCGACUUCAGAGAAAUUGGUGAUUAUCUAAAGGUCAAGCACAGCCAAGCCCAAAAACUGGACAUCGACAAGAAGCGCAAAAGGGCAGGCAACAGUGCGGACAGCCGUGGGGCCAUCGUGGAUGCUUUUGGCAGCAUCGCCCGGACUGAACUCAUCUACCUGGAGGACUCCCCCGAUUACUGCAAGAGAAACACCACUUUAGGGUUGUACGGCACAGAGGGCCGGGAGUGUGUGCAGCACGGAGAGGCCCUUACCCAGUGGGAGAGGAGGAGCUGCCGUAGGCUGUGCCACGAGUGUGGCCUGAGGGUGGAGGAGAGGCGUACUGAGGUGGUGAGCAGUUGCAACUGUAAGUUCCACUGGUGCUGCAAGGUGAACUGUGAUGACUGCUCGCAGGUCAUAGUGAAGCACGUCUGCGCCAGGAGGGAAGCCACUGAAGGUCACAGCCUCAGACGCAGAUAUCGUGGCCCCAAAUAA